CCAAAUUUGAAGCAAGCUGAGACGCGGAAGCACGGCCAAGAAGCUGAACCCGUCGCGUUUUCCUUGGCUACCUUGGCCACUUGAGACCAGUCAUCAUGCCUAUCCGUGCUCUGUGUACCAUUUGCUCUGACUUCUUCGAUCACUCCCGCGACGUGGCCGCCAUUCACUGCGGCCACACCUUCCACUUGCAGUGCCUAAUUCAGUGGUUCGAGACAGCACCAAGUCGGACCUGCCCGCAGUGCAGAAUCCAGGUCGGUAAAAGAACCAUUAUCAAUAAGCUCUUCUUUGACCUUGCCCAGGAGGAGGAGAGUGUCUUAGAUGCAGAAUUCUUAAAGAAUGAACUGGAUAAUACCAGAGCUCUGCUUUCCCAGAAAGAGAAGGAAAAACGAGACGGCCAGCUUAUCAUUGACACUCUGCGGGACACGCUGGAAGAACGCAACGCCACUGUUGAAUCCCUGCAGAAGGCCUUAGACAAGGCUGAGAUGCUGUGCUCCACCCUCAAGAAGCAGAUGAAGUACUUGGAACAGCAGCAGGAUGAGACCAAACAAGCACGGGAGGAGGCCCGCCGGCUCCGGAACAAGAUGAAGACCAUGGAGCGAAUUGAGCUCCUACUCCAGAGUCAGCGGCCCGAGGUGGAGGAGAUGAUCCGCGACAUGGGUGUGGGACAGUCAGCGGUGGAGCAGUUGGCUGUGUACUGCGUGUCCCUCAAGAAAGAGUACGAGAAUCUAAAAGAGGCGCGGAAGGCCUCAGGGGAGCUAGCCGACAAACUGAAGAAGGAUUUGUUUUCUUCCAGAAGCAAGUUGCAGACAGUCUACUCUGAACUGGACCAGGCCAAGUUGGAGCUGAGGUCGGCCCAGAAGGACUUACAGAGUGCUGACAAGGAAAUCGCAAGCCUGAGAAAAAAGCUAACGAUGCUGCAGGAAACCCUGAACCUGCCACCAGUGGACAGUGAGGCUGUCAACCGCCUGGUUUUAGAGAGCCCAGCUCCUGUGGAGAUGCUGAACCUGAAGCUUCGCCGGCCAGCCUUCGGCGAUGAUAUUGACCUCAAUGCCACCUUUAAUGUGGAUACUCCCCCAGCCCAGCCCUCCAGCACCCAGCAUGGCCAUGCCAAGAGGCUCUUCCCAGAGAAGGCACAGCUCAUGCUUGAGGCAGGACCAUAUCAGACCAUGGAACCAGAGCCCUACCACUUAAGGAGUUCUCCCGUUCAGGACGUUCUCAAGAAGAUGCCCAAAGGCCCCAAGCAGGAGUCCCAGCUCUUGCUGGGUGGCCAGCGCUGUCUGGGAGAGCCUGAUGAGGAGCUGGCUGGUGCCUUCCCUGUCUUCAUCCGGAAUGCUGUCCUGGGCCAGAAACAGACCAAGAGGACCAGGGCAGAGCCCUGUCGCAGCACAGAUGCAGUAAGGACUGGCUUCGAUGGACUUGGAGGCCGGACAAAAUUCAUCCAGCCUACUGACACGACUAUGAUCCGCUCACUGCCCGUUAAACCCAAGCCCAAGGCCAGGGCUAAGCAGAGACUGGGGGCCAGGACAGUGCUCCCUCCCUCCCAGGCCAAGCUGGACACCUUCCUGUGGUAGUGAGAACAGUGAGUCUGAUCAGUGGCCAGAUACAUGCCUCUGACUUAUAGGCCGAGGACUGCGGACUGGCUCGGCAGAUGGUUUGUGGGGCAUGGCCCCUCUUCUAGGACCAGCCCUGAGGACAAGGAUAAACAAGAAGAUGGGGGUGAAGGUGAGGCCCAGAAACUCUGCUUUUCCUGCACACACACACUGCCCCACCCCCCAUCAUACUGGGUCUCCCUGUGAGAGCUGAUGUGAUCAGCUCACUGUUCCUGCCAGCAGGGUUUGCUCCUUAUUCCAGGCUCCCAUUUAUAGCCAUGAUCGGAUGUGGCUGGGCUGCUUCUGGUCCUCCAGACCAGGGUUUUUUGUUGACUGUAAGGACCAAAGUGCUUGAGGCUUCUCAGGCAGCCUCAGCCUGUCCAAGCUUCUGCCUGUCUCUCUGACUUGCUGUUGGCCUGGACCAA